AAACAAAUGUAAAUUUAUUAUUUGUUUCAUUGGUUUUGUUUGGGUUUAAGUGACUGUCAAAGUGUGUCCACAAAUGAUGGACCAAUUGAGUGAUAGUGAGAUCGAAAAGUUGAUCCAAACGAUGACUAAAAGCGGUACACAAGAGCUGAACGUCAGUCAACUGAAACAAUUGAAGACCUAUUGUCGGGUCAGCGAUGACCACAUCGACCGAGUUGUGAGACAUCUGUUUAACGCGUUGUCCGCAAAUCACUCGCAAAUCCGAGUGACAACUGUCCUAAUUAUCGGUGAACUGUUUGGACGAUCGCAUCGUUUCCGACAAUUGGUUACCGAAAAUCUUUACGAUAUGUUUGAAUUGUGUCUCGAAUUAGAUCCCAAACGUAAACUUCCGAAACCAAAGAGUUUUGCCGAUAAACUAAAAGAAUUGACAAUCGAUUUGAUGGAGAAGUGGACUAAAGAGUUUGGCGAAGGGUAUCAACAAUUAAGAUCUGCUAUGAAGUACUUGAAAGACAAUCGUUUGGUUGACUUCAGAGAACGUGUCGUUCAAAAUACUAGUCAAAGACUUCGAGCCGAAGAAGAAGGAAAACGACGCGAAAAUGUUUUAAAAUUAAAAAUAACAAAAUCUGUGGAAGAGUUGAGUGAUUUAUCCAAAGAAGUCGAAACAUUAUUGACACAAAUUAACUCAUGUUUUGAACUUUUGUUACCGAAAAUAACUGAAACCUCCGAUAAUAGUUGCGAUGAUUACAGUACUCGUAUCCGACAUCUCAACGACUUUAGUAUCAAUAUAUUAUUUGAACCAAUUGUUGAAAUUGUUGCCAACGAAGACACGAAACCAAUCAUUUGUAAUCUUAAAGAAUUUCAUUCAGAAUUAUCCAAAAUAUUAGACAAUCGACUCAAAAGAUUGAUUCAGAUUAUGACUAAAGGAUAUGAUUUGUGUGAAUCACAUCUGAAGAAAGCUAUUGAUCUCAAGUGUAAAAUAGAAAGCGUUAGACAAAAGUUUUUAGAGCUGAAGAUUAUUGACUCUCAAGAUAUCAAACAAUUGCCAAAACAGGAUAAAGAUAGCGACGAUUCAGACGACGAUGACUUUAUAGAAGUUGAAGAAAAGGAAGGUUUGGAACUGUUUAUACCCGAAGAAAGAAGACAUGAAUAUGGUUUGGAACCAUUAGAUUGUAAUAAACCUUCGACUUCUGGUACACAAACUUCAUCAAUAGUACUAAAAUCAACAGAUGAUUCAUUUGUUGAGAAUCGAUGCAACGCAAGACUUCCAUCAGGAAAAUUGUGUCCGCGAAGAGAUUCCAUCAAAUGUCCAUUUCAUGGACUCAUUAUUAGUCGAGAUUCUACUGGUGAUCCUAUCGAUGAAAUAGAGAAACAAAAGGAGGCAUUAAAACGAGCCAAUGAUUUGCCCGAUUGGCAAAACCCGGUCCUAUUGAGAGAAUUGAAAGCUCAGAUCGGCAUUGAUUUGAGUCUUAAAAGUCGUAAAAAACGUCGAAAACAAAAUCCAGAAUUAGAAGACAUUUCAAAACCGGAGAUAACUUCACGAAAACGGUUGGAACGCAAAGUAUUUAAGAAAAGUGUCAGAGAAAAGGUCGACAAAGAUUUAGAUGAUAUUCAAUAUAGAAAUCAAACACAAUAUGAGGACCAAUGGAAUUAUGCGCUUCAAAAAUAA